AUGAAGUGUGAGAGGAGCGACACUGCUUGCGAUGGCUAUACCUUCGAUCUCCGAUGGAUCUCGGCUGAAGGCUCUGGCGACACAGAGGCCAACACUACCGCCAAUGAUGACUCUGCACCAACGAGUGCAGUGCGCAGACACCUCUUUCCUGAGGCUGCACGCCUUCGGAUGACAAAGUCUACCGGAAAGAAUUUGUUGCAAGGCUCUGUUGAUGCUUCUCUCGAUAGGGUUGAUACCCUGAGUGAAGAUACUACGUCAAGCAACGCCAAAUUUGUAGGCCCAUUUGGAGUCUUUAGUGCUAGUCCAAGUCGACAUGAAUCGCCUCAGUUGCAGACACAAACCUCGAUGACAGCGGUUGCUGUACCAGAGGAUCAUAACCUUGGAUCAACCCAGCAACUUGAUGCAUACGACACUUCUCCAUUUGAAGACGUGCUUUCGAUGUAUAGCGCGAAUGACAUGCUUCAGUGGGACGACAUUUUUGAUCUAGGCACCAAUCAGAAUGCUAUCAUGUCCACGUUCGAGAUGCUGGAUCCACUGGUAGGGACAAAUGCUCUCUUUGGAGAUUCCACUAUCGCCAACGGCCCCAUCGUGCAGGAGUUUAGCCAAGGGCCAGUCAUGGAGCACUCGACUCUGGACGACCAGCCACGAGAGACCUUAAGCCAAGAGGAGACAAUGACUCUGGCACCAGACUUACUGAGACAUUUCAAGUCGAGAGUGAUACAACACAUGUCGGCAAUGCCGAUUGCCAACAAAUCGCCUUGGGAAAUUGUGAAUUUGUCAUCGGCCGUCGAAGCUUUCGCUCAAAUAUCUUUCAUGAAGAAUGACAGUAUAUCAUCUGCUAAGAGCGCCUCGCUGUUCAGUCUUCUUGCCGUGUCGGCCCAUCAUUUGCAUCUGAAUUCAAUGUAUGAUGAAGACCUGGAGAGGGCUGAUGGUUUGUGGGACACAAUCUCUCGGUCUUGUAAAGAGCAGGCCUUGGCAAAUCUGAAACAAUCGUUGCAAGACGAAUGUAGUGGUCCUCGUAAAGCAAAGUACAAGGAUCAGCUCGGAGCGAUAAUGAACAUGUUGACACUUGCGAUACACACAGGCGCGCAAAAAGAUGCCCGCUGUCAUAUCAUCGAUGCAGAACGACUCAUGCGAUUCAGAGGCAUUGCCAAACGACAAGUGUCGCGUAAGUCUCGACUACUUCACCACGUAUACACAUGGAUUCGCAUCGUUGGAGAAUCCACCUACGUGCUCCACGACUACGAUGCCUUGAUCAAACAAUUGCAGACAAACAGUGCUACUGCUGCUCAACAACGGACCGAUACCGGGGGACUUCUCGAUGAUUUCCUACGAUUUGAGACCCACAACGGGACUGGCACGCGCCGCGAGGGCAUGCGUAUGGGCUCACAGCCAAGCGGAGAUGAUCAAGGAGAGGACCCAGAGCAUGAGGAUACUGCGCUGCGGGACAUUCAUCUACAAGAUUCGCGUGAAAAUCCACACACGCUCUACCCAAAGAUAUAUGGAAUCCCCGAGACAUGGCUGAAACUCUUGUCCCAAGUCACGCGUUUGGCAAACCAGAUGGAUGCACUCAAAGCUGCUGGUGGCUGGGGCGGAGACCUUGACAGCAAAGCAAGAUACUUGGAAAACAAAAUUCGAAAAUUCUCUGCAGCUCCACUAGGAGGAUCGUCAGCGCUGUCGACGACGCACAUGUACUCAGCUUUGAACACAAGUCUGGUCAUAUUCUUCUACAGAAGAGUCAAAAAUGUGGAUGCGGGUAUGCUUCAAAGUCAUGUCGACGAUGUGAUACGAGCCUUGACCCGAUUCGAUGAGGCACUAGUGGCAGAUACCACAGGAGGUGGGCCCGGCACGGUGUGGCCAGCUUUCAUUGCCGGCUGUGAGGCCAAGGGAGCUCGUAAACGUGAACGCAUAUCGAAGUGGAUUGCUCGCGCAGCGGACAGGACGGGGUUUCAUUGCUAUCACCAAGCCCUUCAAUUGCUCCAGGAUGUCUGGAAUACACAGCCUGUCUCAGGUCCUAGCUCAGCAAAACAUCUGCAAGCCAGUGCUGCUACACGGACCUGGAUGGACAUCAUGCGGGAGAAGAAUGUAUGGCUUAUGGCCUGCUGA